UGCGGCGGCCGCCCCAGUGCUGCCCCUGUGCGGCGCCCCUUCCUCGCUCCGCCGCGCACUGUUGUCAUGGAGGAACCAAGAUGGCGGCUCUGGCCUACAACCUGGGCAAGCGGGAGAUCAACCACUACUUCAGCGUGAGGAGCGCCAAGGUGCUGGCGCUGGUGGCCGUGCUGCUCCUCGCAGCGUGCCACCUCGCCUCCCGCCGCUACCGAGGCAAUGAUUCAUGUGAAUACCUUCUCUCAAGUGGCAGAUUUCUUGGAGAGAAAGUUUGGCAACCUCACAGUUGCAUGAUGCAUAAAUACAAAAUCAGUGAAGCAAAGAACUGUCUUGUAGAUAAACAUAUUGCAUUUAUUGGAGAUUCCAGAAUUCGUCAGUUGUUUUAUUCUUUUGUAAAAAUAAUUAAUCCCCAAUUCAAAGAAGAAGGAAAUAAGCAUGGAAACAUUCCUUUUGAAGACAAGAUUUCAUCAGUUAAAGUGGAUUUUCUAUGGCAUCCAGAAGUUAAUGGUUCUAUGAAACAGUGUAUCAAAGUAUGGACUGAGGAUUCUGUUGCAAAGCCCCAUGUGAUUGUAGCAGGAGCUGCCACAUGGUCUAUCAAGAUUCACAAUGGUAGCAACGAAGCUCUUUCCCAAUAUAAAAUGAACAUUACCUCCAUAGCACCACUUUUAGAAAAACUGGCAAAGACUAGUGAUGUUUAUUGGGUCUUACAAGAUCCUGUUUAUGAAGAUCUAUUAAGUGAAAAUAGGAAAAUGAUCACUAAUGAGAAGAUAGAUGCCUACAAUGAAGCUGCAGUCAGCAUUUUGAAUAGUAGCACCAGAAAUUCUAAAUCAAAUGUUAAGAUGUUCAGUGUUUCUAAAUUAAUUGCUCAAGAAACCAUCACAGAGUCUUUGGAUGGCUUACAUCUUCCUGAAUCAAGCAGAGAAACUAGUGCAAUGAUUCUUAUGAACGUGUAUUGCAAUAAGAUUUUGAAGCCUGUAGAUGGUUCCUGUUGUCAACCUCGGCCUCCUCUUACCCUCAUACAGAAGCUAGCUGCUUGUUUUUUUACUUUAUCUAUUAUUGGAUAUUUAAUUUUUUAUAUAAUUCAUCGUAACACUCAUCGGAAGAAUAAGCCAUGUACUGAUUUGGAAAGUGGAGAGGAAAAGAAAAAUAUUAUCAAUACCUCUGUGUCUCCUUUAGAAGUACUUUUACAGUCUUUCUGCAAACUUGGCCUGAUAAUGGCUUAUUUCUAUAUGUGUGACCGUGCAAAUCUAUUUAUGAAGGAAAACAAAUUUUAUACACAUUCAACUUUCUUUAUUCCAAUUAUCUACAUCUUGGUUUUGGGAGUAUUUUACAAUGAAAAUACUAAGGAGACUAAAGUGUUAAAUAGAGAACAAACGGAUGAAUGGAAAGGCUGGAUGCAACUUGUGAUUCUGAUUUAUCAUAUCUCUGGAGCAAGUACAUUUUUGCCUGUGUACAUGCACAUCCGGGUUCUGGUUGCUGCAUACCUAUUUCAGACAGGGUAUGGGCAUUUCUCAUACUUUUGGAUCAAAGGAGACUUUGGAAUUCAUAGAGUCUGUCAGGUCUUAUUUCGUCUCAAUUUCCUGGUAGUGGUGUUAUGUAUAGUAAUGGAUCGGCCUUAUCAAUUCUAUUACUUUGUCCCCUUGGUCACUGUAUGGUUCAUGGUCAUAUAUGUUACUUUAGCACUAUGGCCACAAAUAAUCCAAAAAAAAGCAAACGGAAAUUGUUUCUGGCAUUUUGGCUUACUGUUGAAACUAGCCUUCUUGCUGUUAUGUAUAUGUUUUUUGGCAUAUUCUCAGGGUGCAUUUGAGAAGAUCUUUUCUCUUUGGCCAUUGUCCAAGUGUUUUGAACUGAAAGGGAAUGUAUAUGAAUGGUGGUUCAGAUGGAGGUUAGACCGUUACGUAGUCUUUCAUGGAAUGUUGUUUGCUUUCAUUUAUCUGGCUUUACAGAAGCGUCAAGUACUUUCUGAAGGAAAGGGUGAACCUCUUUUUUCAAACAAAAUUUCAAAUUUUCUAUUGUUUAUUUCAGUAGUUUCUUUCUUGACCUAUUCCAUCUGGGCUAGCAGUUGUAAAAACAAAGCAGAGUGCAAUGAACUCCACCCAUCUGUAUCUGUGGUGCAGCUGUUUAUUUGCCAGUAUCACAUCUGGCUGGCAGCGGACACAAGAGGCAUCUUGGUUCUCAUACCCGGAAACCCUAUGCUCAACAUCAUUGUCAGCACUUUCAUAUUUGUUUGUGUGGCACAUGAAAUUUCUCAGAUCACUAAUGAUCUUGCACAGAUUAUUAUUCCUAAAGAUAACUCAUCUCUGUUGAAAAGGUUGGCAUGUAUAGCUGCAUUUUUUUGUGGACUCCUCAUCUUAUCGUCGAUUCAAGAUAAAUCCAGACAUUAGGUUCCUAAGAUCCUAAAAAACUUAAACUCUUCAGACUGAUUUUGUGUCUGCCUAGAGGAAGGAAAAGUAUCUAUCUGGAGAUAUAAAUGUAUAUGUAAAUUAAUUUGUGUGGCAAGAGGACAGCUCAGUGGCGUCUGUUGAACAUGUGUGGUUGUAUGUAUAUUGGAAAUGUACAUCUCCAAUGUGAAAUACUGAAAAAAAAAAUUGAAGCAGAGUGCAUUGUAUAGGAUUGCAUGUGAAAAGUCUUUUCUACUGGAUCUAUGUUGCCAUUUAUAAAUGAUUUUAAGUUAACAUGAAGGCAGGGAAAUAAUUACCUUUCCAGUAAUACAUAUAGAUCAUUUAAUUAGCUUAGUGGACACCACUGAGUGUUUUGAUAUUUACUAAAUUUGUGGUAAUAAGAUUGUCUACACCUGUAUUUAUCAUGCAACUUCCUAUUUCACCGAAACUUUCUUACUCAAGAAUGACUGCAGUAUUGUUUUCUUAUAUCUAUGUGCAAUGAUGUGGAAUGAUAAACAGUAGCCUUUAAUUUAUAUAUGUUCAUGUUCUGAUGUUAUCUGUUUCCUGACAUGAUUUUUCUUCCUAACUGUGUUUUUCAGGUAUACCUAAAUCUUUGUACACUUUGUCUCUCAGAGUUGUUCUAGGCUCCAUGACAGGGUUUUGUCACUGUUGAUGCUGUUGCUGCUUCUUUUUAUAAAAAGGCCAAAUUUUCUUUCCAAUCCCAGACAUUCACAUGUUUUCUUCCCUGAAGCUGUACCAGUGUAAAACCAGUACCCUGUGGAUCCAUUUAAUGUUUUCCUUCAACUAAUUAAUUUCUGUCUAUUUCCAAUGUUUGGAAAGCUCUUAUAAUCAUUUUGGUAUUUCCUAUUACUCCCCCCUAUUUUUAAAAUAUUUAUCAAUCUAACUUGUGCAGUGUAGUAAAAUUCAAGUUGUUAUGAGUGAGAUGUAUUAACCAUGAGUAGAAUUUUAAGUAAACCGGUGACUUCGGGCAAUAUGUUUUUCAUUUUGUUUUGUUACAGGCUAACUGUAGAGGUAUAAAUUUAUUUAUCUGUUGUACAGAUUUGAUUAUAACUUUUAAUGUUUGAAAGAUUGCACUUGUUUGUCUUACUGUGUGUGGGAUAAAAUAUAUUUUCUGUUCAUGGUAUAUGAAAAUAUGGAGUAAUUUAAACAGUAAAUAAACGUUCUGUGGAUGCUUA